CUUUAUAAUUUUUGUAUUGAGAAUAAUUAUUUCCAACAUGGUGAAAAUUUCUAUACCCAAAUUUUUGGCCUAGGAAUGGGAAACUGCAUGUCCCCAAUAUGCUCAGACAUUGUAAUGGCACAACUACAAGAUCAGUGUAUUUCUGAACUAUCUUUUAAUGUACCUUUUUUCUGUAGGUACGUUGAUGACAUAAUCACGGCAAUUCCAAAUAAAAAAGAAAACGAAAUUCUAUCAGUCUUCAAUAGUUUCCAUCCACGUUUACAAUUCACUAUCGAACAAGAAAUUAACUGUAGUCUUCCAUUUUUGGAUGUUAAAGUCAUAAGAUCCACAGAUGGUACCAUAAAAACAGAUUGGUAUCAAAAACCAACUUUUUCAGAACGCAUUUUAAAUUAUUUUUCAGAACAUCCUAUGACACACAAAAUAAAUGUAAUAAAAAACCUAAAACAUCGGUGCUUGAGACUUUCUAGUCCAGAAUAUCAUAAAAAAAACCUUCAUUAUGUUCAGACAAUUUUAAAGAAAAACAAUUACCCCCUAUCAAUUAUUAAAAAAAUAAUUAACGACACCGAGAACAUUACUCAAAAUAUUACACGAAACAAUGAAAAUAAUCAAUUGGCUUAUUUCAAGAUUCCUUACAUUAACACACUUUCUCAUAAAAUUAAAAAGACCAUACAAUCAAAAUCUGAUGUUAUUAAAAUCUCAGAAAGAAGUGAAAACUCGGUAAGAAAACAUUUCUUUACGAAGCUUAAAACUAAAGACGCCUUUGAUUUACAUUCUAACAUUAUUUAUAAAAUACCUUGCUCUGGGUGUGAUGUGUGUUACAUUGGUCAGACGGGUAGAUAUUUGAGGCAGCGCCUAUACGAACAUGAGUAUGAUUGUAGGAAUUUAGCCCUUAAAAAAAACCCUACUGCUUUAGCUGAGCACAAAAUGAAUACAGGACACAAUUUUAAUUUUGGCAAGACUACAAUUAUAGGCCAACAGCAGCUUUUUAAAAAGAGACUUCUAGCCGAAAUGAUAAACAUAAAAAAACAUAAUAAUGCGGUAAAUAAAAGAACGGAUAUAGACAAUCUAAGUUCUUCUUAUUUUAAUCUAAUAGAUCAAAUUAAAAUGUAAACUUUUGGGACUGUUUUGGUUCUUAUCACUAAAAAGAAUGCGUCUAUUGUGUUCUCGCAUACCCGGUUUUUCUGGCUAGAUGCUAAAUUAUUAUUGUACACCGUAGAAUCAAUUUUAAAGCAACUGUCUGUGAUACAACCCAUCAAUUUAAACCGUUUUUGUUAAAAAAAUAAUAUUUUAUAUAUUCUAUGUUACCUGUGUGUCCUGUAAACAUGAUUUUUUAUGACAAGCAAAAUCACACUGUUAUGGCCCUGAUGAAGCAAUAAAAUUAUUGCGAAACGUUGGCCAGUACAUAAAGUGACGUUUGUUUUUAUUCCUUCGAUCCCAUCCCACAACUAAACUCAAGAGUAAUAUUUA